CAGUUUCCCAGGUGACGGUUUGCAUGAACUGUCCGUCACAUUUCAGCCUCACGAACAGACGGCAUCACUGCCAUGCCUGUGGCAAGGUACAAACACACACACAGUAAUACACACGAGAACCAUUCACAAGCUUAAUUCUGUUUUUCUCGUCUUAUAGGUUGUUUGCAGAGAUUGUUGCAGGAACAAAUUUCCCCUCAAAUACAUGAAGAACAGACGUGCCAAAGUGUGUGAUCAUUGUUACACUGAACUGCGCAAAAAUGAUGUUGCCACAGUAAUAGAGGGCUCCAGCCGUCCGCUUUCUGCUGUCUUUCAAAACAUUCAUCCAUCCAGUCUGUGGAGGAGCCGCAAAGGACAGUUGACUUUCAACCAGGUGACGGGGUCUGAGGGUGUGAUGAGCGGGACCCUGCAGAGGUGCAGAAACAGCAAAAGAAGCUGGAGGAGCCUGUGGUUCCUCCUGAAAGAUAAAGUUCUCUACACGUACCCACAGCCUGAAGAAAGGGUCGCGUGUGAGACGCUUCCUCUGCUGGGUUUCUCUGUAAGGUCUGAGGCUGAAGGAGAAAGCAGUGUGUUUCAGCUCUACCAUAAAAGCACUCUCUUCUACACUUUCAGAGCCCAGGACAGUCACACUGCACAGAGGUGGGUCAAUGCCAUGGAAGAGGCUACGGUCUUCUAGCAUCAUCCAUCCUGCUCCUGUCUUCUCACAUCUGAAAUUAAAUCUUCGAUUGAUCAUUGGAGAGCGAUGCAUUUGCACGUCAUACCCGAAAACCCUUCCCAGUGUGAGUGGGAGCAUAAUCAGCCAUCCCUACACUAUCAUGACGCCACAGGCAUAUUUUUGGAAUGGCAAGGGAACAAAACGCUCACACUCAGACAUUUAUAUAGAGCCAAACGCUUCUUCCAAAGACCUCGCUGAGCCAUGGACACACUUUAAAAGGCUCACUUUAGCACUUCCAGCUGUCAUUUUUUAAAACUAAUGAGAUGUUGCUUUAACUUAACUAAAUCAUUAUACAUGGUAAUAUAUUACACAGAGCACUAAAAUAUAGAAGGACAGAUUCUGGAUGUGAAGAGCAGCAUGUAUUUAUAUGAUAUUCUUAUUAGAUUUCUGUUUACUACAUAUAUGGACGAAUAUUAUAAGUCAUUUUUGACUUAUUUUUGGACUGAGUUAAUAACUUGCAACAGAGCUGGUAUUCUUGUUGCUAUUAAUGAUGAUAAUGUAAUGUUUAAUUUACUUAUUUUGUCCAAACUGCCUUUCUGUGCACUUGAAAUGUUAUCAGUGACUACAUUUACAUGGACAUCAGUAAUUGAAUUAUUGGCCUUAAUCUGAAUAAGACAAUAAUAUGGUUAAGGUGUUGACAUGAAUUGCUUGCUGAGUGUUCCAUUCAUGUUCUUCUUUUACGUGUUAUAGCACAAAAUUCGAUGAACAUCAUUGCAUCAUCCACAUUUCCUCCGGUAUGGGGUUCCAUUUGUGCCAAAAUUCCCUUGCCUGCUUUCUGUUUUGUACUUCACAAUUGUCUUCAUCUACUCUCAUUGCCCAUAUGUUCAGAGUCGUUCACGUACUUGUUGUCUGUUGAUGUCGUCUUAAUCUGUUGUUCUGUUGAUUUUUCUCUGUUUUGUACGGUCAUAUUCUAUGGAGUAUUCUGUCAUCUGAUUUGCUGUCCUUAUUGUUGUCUAUUCAUCUUUACUGUUAUCCUUACCGUUGUAUUGUCGUCCUUCUGGUUGUUUAUUCUGUCAUCCUCACCCUUGUCUUUGCUGACGUUUGUUCUGUCGUCCUUACUGUCGUCUAUGCUGUCAUUACCAUUGUCUUUGCUGUCAUCCAUGCUGCAGUUUAUUCUGUCAUCCUUACGCCCCAUUCACACGGGGCUCGGGUGACAUCAGGCUUUGGCGAACUGCAUUGUGGAUCUGUUGGCGCCGCUUCAGAGGCGUUGCUCGCUGCAAAAGUUGGGACUUAAACUUUAAAUAAAUUUUUUCAAGCGCCGAUGGAA